UUUCCUUCGGUCUGUUUUUUUGCAUCGAGUCAAUCUUCCUCUUUUGCACCGACCUUUCGUGAACGAUGCUCGAGACAUAAAGCAAAGCUAAGAAACUAAUUUCACCUUUGUUUAUGAAUAUUUCAUUUAAUCAUCGGAAUAUAUGCAAGAAGUAAUCUAGUGUGAGGGCAGCAGUUUUUCUGGGAAAAUGUUGCUAGUGGCUACUAACGUUCGGCUUUAGUCUUCAGUCAAAGGGGAAGUUCAACUGUGCAUUUCAUUUAUCGACGAUAUUCGACGUUGCAUGUUAGUUGCAAAUGGUUUCCACUGGUUAGAGAGUGAUCCUUUAGUGCAUUAUUAGUAGCAGCUAUUUUUGAUCUUAAACUGCAAUUAUAAUAAUCUCGAAUAAUGUAUUAUUAAAUGUAGUUUGCGCAUAUCUCACGAGAGUUUCCUGAUUUGUGACUGUUUAAGGGCUACUUUAUAUUAUGUGUGGUCUCAGUAUCGCAUGUGCACAUAUAUAUAUGUUAAAUUAGACGUAUACGUCCUGAUGUUAAUCAUUUGAACCUUAAAGAGACCGUUCGGAUUGUUUGGCAUUGCUCCUCCUGUUGGUUUGGCCGCGUUGUAGUUGUAAACAAAUGUUAAAUUAUGCAUUUGUGGGAUGUAUGUGUCCUCCUCAGCACUUUAAUCUGUGUGUGAACAGAUUAUCAGGAUGGUCAACACUGAUUUAACUAGUCAUAUCAUGAGCAGACAGAAUGUUAAUGUCAGGAAUUGAAUAAAGUUAAAAAAAAACUUAAAAGAAGAGUUGGUAACUACUGUAAGCAUAACCUGUAUAAACCAUCAAAACAAGAGUUUUGAACUGCAUUUAAUCUAAGGAGUCCCUAGGCGAGACUUGAAAUUAAUUGAUUGAAAUCUGGAAAACUUUGCUCUAUCAUGCGCCUGGCGUCUUCCUUUUUGGCUGUUUUCCGGCCUGCUCUGCCUCUCAUACUGGGUCUCUCUUUGGGCUGCAGCCUCAGUCUUCUGAUGGUGUCCUGGACACAGGGGGAGACAGAUGAUUCAUGUGGAGAUGAACUGGGCAAUGGGGGGCUCCUACACAAUGGCCAUAUCAAGGAUCUUAAGGAUGGCAAAGAUGGGGAUGGGAAUGAGGACUUCAAGCCACGCAUAGUGCCUUAUCACAAAGACCCUAACAAACCACAUAAGAAAGUAUUCAGGACUCGCUACAUACACACAGAGCUUGGCAUCCGAGAACGCCUUUUAGUGGGCAUCCUGAGUUCGCGUGCCACUCUGAACACACUAGGUGUUGCAGUCAAUAAAACCAUUGCGCACCAUUUCCAUCGCACCUUCUUUUUCACUGGUCUUCGAAGUGCAAAGGCACUCCACGGCAUGGCUGUUGUCGCCCAUGGUGAUGACAGGCCUGUCUGGCUAAUGUAUGAAACUAUUCGACACCUCCAUCAACACCACGGCAAUGAGUAUGACUGGUUUUACCUUGCCCAAGAUGAUGCAUACACACAAGCUGAACGGGUGAUGGAACUGGUUAACCAUCUUGGCACGGGACAGGAUAUAUACAUGGGACGGGCAGAGGAGUUUAUUGGGGGUGAAGAACGUGCCCGGUAUUGCCAUGGUGGAUAUGGUUAUCUGCUGUCACGCAGUCUACUAGACCGACUGCAGCCCCACCUGGACACUUGUCGAAAUGAUAUCCUCAGCGUUAGGCCAGAUGAGUGGCUUGGUCGAUGUAUCAUUGACUACUUGGGUCUUAGCUGUGUGGAGAAGCAUAAGGAGAUGACCUACCGUUACUUUGAGCUGCAGAAGAACGUGGACCCUGAGCGUGAGGACAGUGCCAAGUUUAAGAAUGCCUUCACUGUGCACCCAGUCUCUGAACCUGCCCUGAUGUAUCGCUUGCACAAACGCUAUAAUCAGAUUGAACUGGACUGGACCUAUGCACAAAUACAGCAGUUACAGAUGCAGAUCAAUAACAUAAGUGAGCUCACUCCAGAGGGCAAAGCCGGAGCCACCUGGCCCAUUGGAAUCAACCCUCCCUUCCGGCCCAAGACCCGCUUUGAGGUGAUCAACUGGGAGUACUUUACUGAAGAGCACAUUUACUCAUGCACUGACAGUUCUCCAAAGUGCGAACUUCGAGGUGCAGACCGGGCAGAUGUUAAUUCGGUCCUGGAGACUGCAGUGGCAUGUCUGAAUGAGCGUUAUCAGCCACAGUUGCGCUUCCGUAAGCGCCGCUUACUAAACGGGUACAGGCGCUUUGAUCCUGCGCGAGGCAUGGAGUAUGUUCUGGAUCUGGCCCUGGAAGUCUUCACGCAGAAGGGUCAUAGUCAGGUCCUCGCUAAACGGGUGAGUUUGCUGAAGCCACUCAGUGCUGUUGAGAUCAUCCCCAUGCCAUAUGUAACAGAAGCGACGAGGGUACAGGUCAUUCUCCCCGUGACAGCACAUGAGCAAGACUUUGUGGGCAACUUCCUUGACAUGUAUGUAAUGAAUGCUUUGGAUACGCAUGACAAUGCUCUGCUUACCUUCUUAUUUGUCUAUGACCCCUUUGAUGCCCAGAGAGUCAGCCAGACAGAUGUUUUUGCCGGUGUCAAAGCCAUGAUUGGUGAGGUAGAGAAACGUUACAGUAAUGUUAAAAUUCCUUGGAUUAGUGUAAAGACCGAAGUUCCCUCACAGGUCAAGCUUAUGGACAUCAUCUCCAAGAAACAUCCAGUAGACACCCUGUUCUUCCUGGCCAGCGUUUGGACGGAGGUCAAUGCUGACUUUCUCAACCGUUGCCGUAUGAAUGCUAUCAGCAAUUGGCAGGUUUUCUUCCCAAUUCACUUCCAAGAGUACAGUCCUGUUCUGGUUUACCGUGACCAACAGCCUUCGGUUGCUUCAUCGUUUUCAUCUGAGACACUACGAGAUGGCCACUUUGACCGUCAUGUCUUUGAGGAAGCCUGCUUCUACAAUGCAGAUUAUAUGGCUGCACGCACAAAAAUGGCUGCCGACAUCUUGGACAAUGAUGAGUUGCUUGAGAGCAUGGACAUCUAUGAGAUCUUUGUACGUUACUCAGGAUUGCACGUGUUUCGGGCUGUCGAGCCGGCACUAGUUCAGAAGUAUGUUCACAGGGAAUGUAACCCACGGUUUAGUGAGGAUAUCUAUCACCGUUGUGUGCUCAGUAACCUGGAGGGGCUGGCCUCUCGCUCACACCUAGCAAUGGCUUUGUUUGAACAAGAGCAGGCUAACAGCACCUAAGAACGAACUACUACAAGAAGCAUGCUUCAACUUGGCUAAAAACCUCAUCAAUGUCAUUUAGGUGGCCUUAAAAUACCUGGACUAGUCUUGAACCAAACUCUGACUCGUGGGGAAAGGACCUACAAAUAGUAAUUGAGUGAAUUUCACCCUAAUGCAUGUGACAUUUUCUGCACAGACUAGACAUAAUGAAUAGCCUUGGUACUUACGGAUCCACUUUCAGCUGUAUUGACCCAUAAAUUCUUACAUGGUGAACAUGACUAAUGUGAAGCAGAGCACUUCUCUAAGCAGAAAACAGUACCCAUGAAGUCUUUACGACUUCAAAUAAAACUUGUGGUUUGAACUUCACUUUGUUCAUGUACACAACAUUUGAUGAGUGAAUGAAAGAGCCUUAGUAGAGGUUUCAUCCUAAGUUUCAGCUUCAAACGUAACUUGAGCCGUCUUUCCUCCUCCGCAUAUAUGAUUGUAUGACCUUUAGACAGAAUGUGAUGCCUAUGUCAGGACUGAAUAAACAAAUUGUAUGUGAAACCUAAUGAUGAGUCAUAACAAUAAAGUACCCAAUUGUUGAGCUGCCUAAACAACACUGGUUAAGGGGUAUUUAAACAACUUGAGAGUAUUUAUAGUGUUGACACUUAGUGCCUACUUUCAUUUACUUUGGAAACCAAGAUGUUUUAAUUAAAUGCUUAGCAUUUUCAUCUGUUUGCUAUUAUGGCUGUUUAUUACAGUUCUUCAGUCCAAAGGAGAUCCUGUAUGAAUGCUCUGUUGCUUUCUGUCUGCACACUGGAAGCAAGUUCUGUAACUUUUGUUAUUUCCAAUACAACACAGGACCCUCUUGAAACAAGCUGCUGUUUGUAAUUUCCUGAACCAGAACUGAGAGGCCCGAUGGCAUUUCAGGGCAGCUGUUUCAAUGUAAUAGGUAGGUUAA